AUGGAUCCCCUCGCCGUGCUCCGGGACUACGCCGCCCGCGGCGACCUGGACAAGAUCAUCUUCAACGGCGACGACGUCCUCUUCGGCGACGACUACACCUUCCCGGCCAACGCCCCCACCGCCUUCACCUCCAAGCAGUCCGGCCGCCCCUACCCGCUCUCCGCCGCCGUCUUCCUCGCCCAGCACAACGACCUCAAGCACACUGACUUCCUCCAGGCCGCCCGCCUCCGCCGGAUCCCGCCCGUCUCCCUCCCCGACCGCAAGACCUUCCUCGACUUCCUCCACUUCGGGGACAGCUCCCUCCCUUCCGCCGAGCCCCUCCUCCCCUCCUCCUUCGCGCAGGACGCCCCGCCCCCGCCCCCGCCGCCGGAGGACGAGGAGGGGGAGGGCCCCGACGCCGACGACGCCUCCACCGCCCACGUCCGCGCCGUCGAGCGGCCCCUCAAGGACCGCAACGCCCUCCUCGACGCCCGCGGCCGCGACUUCCUCGCCAUCUACCACGCCGCGCUGCGCCGCGAGGAGGACCGCCUGCGCAACAAGGACGCCGCGCCCUCCGCCGCCGGCCGUGGGCACGAGCCCUCCUCAACCGCCGCGGUGUCCCUCUCCAACCCCAAGCUCGACAAGCACGGGCUCGGCGACGGCUUCGUGCCCAUCAUACUGGUGCCCAGCGCGUCGCAGACGCUCAUCACCAUCUACAACGUCAGGGACUUCCUCGAGGACUUCGUCUUCGUGCCCAGCGACGACAAGAUGCGGGCCAUGAAGGGGAGCCCCAAGCCCGAGUGCGUCACCCUGCACAAGAAGCACGUCCGCGGGGCUGCCGGUCCGGUGGCGUUCGAGGUCAGGGACAAGCCGGCAUCGCUCAAGGCCGACGACUGGGCGCGGGUCGUCGCCGUGUUUGUGCUCGGAAAAGAGUGGCAGUUCAAGGACUGGCCCUUCAAGGGCCAUGUCGACAUCUUCAACAAAGUUAUUGGGUUCUUUGUACGCUUUGAAGAUGAUAGUGUGGAUUCAGCAAAAGUGGUCAAACAGUGGAAUGUCAAAAUCAUAUCUGUGAGUGGGAGGAAUUUUCCAUAUUCUUUUUUGGUUAUUGUAGUCAAAUUCUAUCUUGCUCCCACUUACAGCUACUUAUUGUGUUACUAA